UUUGAUGCGACGACAUGUCACACGUAUUGGUUCCAGUACUCAUCGGCUGUCUGAAUAAGUGUGCAUGAGCUAAAGUUUAAAGGCGGAAUGGGUAGAAGCUACUUUGUAGAUGAGGUAGUGGAGAAAUAUCUUGGUGGUGUUCAGGCACCUCCUGGAUCAUGUGUCACUGGACUCCUAAUGGGUCAAUCCUACCCUCAGAGAGAUUUUGUGGUGUUGGCUGUGCAGACUCCUCACAGGGAGAGUGAGGGGCAGCCAAAGGCUUUGAGAGGGGGCAGCCCACUGGAUGGCAUUGAUGUGGAGUGGGUGACAGAACAUGCCAGGCAGGUGUCCCGAAUGUUACCAGGAGGUCUCUGUGUUCUUGGCCUGUUUUUGGUAACCCCACCUGAACUCUCUAAAGAUGCCCAGAACACUCUAAAAAGGCUUAUAUUUGCUGUGGAUAAAUACAUAACUAAAGGAAGACUGUGGGAUCUUUUGGAAGAAGAUGUGACUGAUCUAGUCACACUGCACAUUUGCUCCAAAACAAAGAAAGCUGUCUGCAGAACAUUUGAUGUGAAAGAUCCAAAGAGUUCAGCUAAGCCAGCAGAUUGGAAGUAUCAGACGGGUGUCUCAUCAUCCUGGGCAAUGUUGACCUGCUCUGUAGAGCUCAACCUGCAGAUCCCUGUGACAGAAUCCUCCUCGGAUAACACAGACAAGUGCAUGAAGGAUGGUCUUAGGAGAUGGGCUAAACAGAUCGAGGCUGGUCACUGUCUCAUAAAUGGCAGACAGGCAUCAGGUGAUUCUGAUCUAAUCUCAGGACAGAAAAAGAACACAAAGAUUACUCAACAUCAGACACUCCCAGCACGGAUUCUUGUCUCGCACGAACAGCCAGAGGAAGAUCAGAGGUCCAGUGCUGUGGUUCAGAAGUGCUGUGGCUCUGUGAGUGUGAGAGGGGUGGUGCACUGCAGGGCCUACAUCCACAACAACAAACCCAAAGCCAGACACGCAGCACAGGCCAUUAAGAGAGACAUCAUAAAUACGGUUUCCUGCAGAAUGGAGAUGUUUCUGGAAGAUCUUUUAAUAAAUGAGGGGAGCCACAAAGGUCCAUGCAGUUGGCCGCAGGCUCUUCCGCGACGUGUGUUUUCGCCAGUGCCCGGCUCUGGCCUGUCAGUGUGUGACUACAUGUUUCCAGAUGAAAGCACUGCUGAUGUAGCCGAGCGUCUGAAAGAGAUGCUGGACUGGGAACCACUGGAAGAGGACAUAGAUAAUAGUCUGGAGAAAAGUCAAUUGUUUUCUUCUGUUUCUGAAUGGGAGAAAACUGACAGCCGCAGUGAUGAUUCUAUUAAACAUAUGACUUCACAAGUCCAAGUUCAAAAUCCAAAAGGCCAUAAAGCCCACCAAUACUAUGUUGGUAUGGCAGUAGCAGCAGCCAUUGCUCUCCUUGCCACAGCCACAUCCCUGCUGUAUUUUAGUGAAUAACAACGAAAGCUGCAUGUACUGUAUGUAUGAGUGAAUAAGUGAGUGCGUUUGUUUGCACAGCAUAUGAUCAAAUGAUCGUAAAUAUUCUUAUUGAUAUUCAUAUUGAUGUAACAUGAAAUAAUUUACUUUAGUUUGUACUAAAGGUAAUUCAUAAUUCAUGAAAGCUCAUUGUAUUGUCAUUUGAAAUGGCAUAAUGCUGUCAAAAUAGCUAAAAAUUACACAAAGAAAGAAUAAUUGUAAUAACUAACUAGUUACAUGAACUACUAUUUCCACAAUUUGUAUUUUCUUUUUUUUCUAUUUUGAAAGAACACUUACAGAUAACAUGUCUUCACAUGUGCACUCUUAAUAACAGAUCAAAAGAAAAACGUUAAUUAUCAUCCUGUGCAUGUAUUUCUGGAAUAUCAGUGGCUUCCCAAGUAAUGUAUAUUGUCCCUGUGCCAAUUCUCCAUGCCAUUUUCCCCUAAAUCAUUCUAAAACCAGUUUCCUCUGGCUUCAGCAUUAAAGACAUAUAGGAUGCAGUAAAUGGAAUGGAAAAUGGCCAAGGCAUGAAAUAUAACUGUUGGAAGCAUUUUGUGUGUAAUGAUAUACAGUAAAAAUUUAAUAAUGCCCUUCUCUUUCACUUCUAAAGUAAUAAAUGUAUCAAACACAUAA